GCUAUCAAAACCGUUGCUUACUUAGCUCGGUCUAACUCUAUUUCAAUCGAUUUUCUUUGCUAGUAAAUAAACAUUUACUUACAAUCUCAAUUCCAAUAGAAAAAAAAUAUUAUAACACAUUGUACCUUAAUCAAUUUAGUUUUACGGCCACAAUUAAUAAUUAUAAAACAGAAUGUACUCGUAUUUGAAUUUAAGGUGUGUUAAAAACUUGAUUAAGUUUUUUAAUUGAUUUCCAAUUAAGCAGAUACUUUUUUAUCAUAAAGCUUUGAGCGUUUCCAAUGGGAGGAAAUGCUUAUUGACUAGAAAGGAAGAAAAAUGAAGCAAACACUUGUUUUUUUCUUCAUAAUAGUAAUCCUUUGCUCGUCGUUGAACGGGAAGACACCUUCUGAAGAUGAGAUCUAUCACAAACUUUCGCCAGGAGCCUUCUUUUCCAUGAAGGACAAUGAUGCCAAGGGUCCUGGUUUAGGCCCUAUGGGCCCUGCUGGACCUGGUAUGGGGCCUAUGGGUCCUGGUUUAGGCCCUAUGGGCCCUGGUAUGGGUCCAGCAGGGCCUGGUAUGGGACCUAUGGGACCUAGUAUGGGGCCUAUGGGACCUAGUAUGGGGCCUAUGGGACCUAGUAUGGGGCCUAUGGGCCCUGGAAUGGAGCCUAUGGGCCAUGGUAUGGGGCCUAUGGGGUCUCCGGGCCCUAUUAUGGGGCCUAAAGGGCCUAUUGGACCUAUGAAGCCUGGUAUAACGGAUAUGCGAGAGGGCAAAAAAGGCUACGAACAUUUCGACCUCUCAAUACUGGACGAUAUGGUCAGGACGACUAACUAUGCGGAGAAUUUUGCCAUAUUCCCCAAAAUGGAUCCAAAAAUGUUUGGCAAGGAGCAGAAUGUAUAUGAUCUCCUGUAUAAUUUAUGUUUCUGCCUCUCUUACAUCUGGCGGCGUGGUCGUCAAAGUAUUCGCAAAUACUACCAUUUACGAGACAUAUAUUCAAAUCAUUUGGCGUUUGAGGUCGGCUACAUUACUCACGUCAUAAUGACAAAGUAUCAAAACAUGUUGGAACUCUAUGAGUACUGCAAUACAAAGGUGCCAAAGAAGAAAGGUGGACCGCCCCCUGGUUGGGUAUCUACUGAGGCAUCAACUACGACAGAAACGACGGAGCCAGAGUGGUCCGAUCACCUAAGGGUGCAGGGCGGAAGGACCGGGCAGCCAACAAAACCAAAAGCAUACCUCGCGCAGAAAAUUGAAGAAACACACAAACUCAUCGACGCGGCGCUAGCAGGCAAGAAGAGGAAGCUGCAAAAUGCGAGGGAAUAUUUUAAGAAACAUGGACACUAUCCUACCACCACCAAGCCUCGCACUCUGCAGCCCAUGAGGCUUUGGUCACCGAACCUGGACUACGGGUGGUCUGGCGAGGACGAAUGGUGAUGUCAUCGAAAUGACUAAUAAUAUUUUUCCGUUAAAUAAACCAUAUUUCAAAAAUAAAUGAAUUAUUAUUCAUCAAGAGGUUGCACAAGAAAUACC